GCGGCGAGAUGCGGUACAACGAGAAAGAGUUGCAGGCGCUGUCUCGGCAGCCGGCAGAGAUGGCAGCUGAGCUGGGCAUGCGAGGCCCCAAGAAGGGCAGUGUGGCCAAGAGGCGGCUGGUGAAGCUGGUGGUCAACUUCCUCUUUUACUUCCGCCCGGACGAAGCCGAGCCCCUCGGAGCCCUGUUGCUGGAGCGCUGCAGAGUGGCCCAGGAAGAGCCGGGCGGCUUCUCCAUCAGCUUCGUGGAAGACCUCAGCAGGAAAUAUCACUUCGAAUGCUGUAGCCAAGAGCAGUGUCAGGAAUGGAUGGAGGCUCUGCAGCGGGCCAGCUACGAAUACAUGCGACGGAGCCUCAUCUUCUACAGGAAUGAGAUCAGAAAGAUGACUGGCAAGGACCCCCUGGAGCAGUUCGGCAUCUCUGAGGAGGCCAGGUUCCAGUUGAAUAGCCUGCCUAAGGAUGGGCGGACGGCUUGUAUUGGCUCCCAGUUAGAUGUGUUGGACUAACUCUCUCUGGGCCCCUGGCUACCCUGGGAGGUGUUUUCAUUGGUUUAAAUACAUCUGUUCAAAGGUCUAGAGGUGGUGGCAGGGUCUGCAGUCCUCGUUCUUCAUGCCAUCUCCCUGCCAACACCCCUUCAAUGUCCACAUCCAGGGACUGUGCUUGGCACAGGUUCCCUGCCCAGUGCCAGAUGAAUGUAUAAUGCUAGAUAAAGCUGUGAACCCCACUCCUGCUGAUAGAGCCGGCUAUGGGUGCUGGCCUUCAGUGCUGAGCCCGCUCUUUAAUAAAGGUACCUCUUUUUUGAGCCA